AUGACGAAUUGGUAUUUCGACAGGGGUGUCGACGAUGAUGCAGAUGAUGAUUCUGAUGACUAUGACUACGAAAGCAGUUUUGAAGAAUGUGUUAGCGAGGAAGAAGAAGAGGCAAAAGAAGAGUCAGAUGCAGAGAGUCAACCAGUUGAGUGGACAACUAUAGACCUCCAAAAUGGCGUCAAGCUGCUUGUUAACGAAAACAUAUCAGGAUUCAGAUGCAAAGCCAUCCCACUUUGGGCUGAGAAACGCACGGAGAUGUUGUCUCAGUUUCCACACUACCACGACGAGACCAUGGUCAGCGAGGUGUACGAAUUGGAAGGCGAGGAUAUAAAAUCUUUGAACUGCAAGCAAAAAUACCUGAAGAUCCCGCUCGUUCUGCCAACCACGAGACUUAACGUCCACGUUCUGUUCCAGUUCCAUGUCAUGGUGCGUGGCGAUGAUGGAUGGACACUAGUUUUGGCACAGUACGAGGAUUGUCUUCUGAAAUUCAAAAUACAGGCAGGUAAGUACUUCGUGGCCUAUGCACGCCCAAUACCCGAGGUCGAGACAAUUUCUCGGAAUGCCUUCACAUUCGUCUCUGAUAAGGACAGACGCAUCAAAGUGCACAUCGCAGAAGGUGCUGUGGACACCGAGAUGAAGAUCUACGUCAAGGUGCAACCAGUGGACACAAACAGACUGGAAUGGUACAGAGUGUAUGACCCCUCAGCAUUUGAAGGGAUCUAUGCACUAUCCGAUAUUCUGAGUGUACGACACAAAAUGGAAAAAGUAUUCAACAUAGACACAACUGUCGAGCUGCCAAUUGCUGAUUUGACAGAAGAGGAAUAUGAAUUGAAGUCCAUCAGCAUUGAAAAUAACAAUUACGUCGUCAGAGAUCUGAAGAAAGAGAGUUCCUUGAAAGACGUCGCUAUAAUGCCCCACACAGUCAAUAAUGCUACAAGUUGUCAGAUGGCUUGUGUUCGACGAGGUCUACCUUCAGCAGCUCUGAUACAAGCAGCUCUCUUCCAGGCCGGGAGGGUGGACAAAUGCACUAUUUCUGAUAUUCCGUCUCAAAAGACAACAAAGAUAGGUGGCUAA